AUGGAGAUUGGUCGAGUCUCCCUCACCCCCGAGGAGCGACGGCGCCGUCUAGCCUCAAACCUUUGUCUCUACUGCGGUGGCGAGGGACUGUCUCGUCUCUCUCCUCGAACUCAGCUGAUCCACGCGGUUGAAGGUGAUGACGUCACUUUUCAAUGUUUUCUGGACCCCCCUGUCAACUUGUCCACUCGCGCAGUGGAAUGUAAUACCAUUAAGAACAAGGUGGUGCACUUCUCUCGAGGAGCAUGGGACGACCCUGGUGCACCAAGUGAUGAAUACAGAAACAGAGUAACUCUCAAUCAUGGAUACCUGUCCAGAGGAGUCGUGACUCUGCACAUCUCCUUAGUAAAUCUGUCAGACAAUGAAACGUACAGAUGCUUUGUCCCAAAACUGACAGCUGUUUCAUUCACCUCUGUGUGUUGUUUGGAUGAGAGUACUGAGCACAUUUUGUCCUUUCUUUUUCAAACAGGAGCCAAAGACCAACCGGACAGGACCGAGAGAAAGGAUUCGAGCCCAACUGGACCUCCAGUGGAAGACGAUGCUACAAACAGGAAGGCUGACCGAGCUGUCAUCGUUCUCACUGUUUUCCUUACCAUUUUCUGCGCUGUCCUUGUUUUUCUGUUUCUGAAGAAGUAUUUGAUGGCGAAGCGCAGAGAAAGGAAGGAACAAAAACUAGAUCUGGAGGCAAAUGGAUGUGAAAUGAAACAGCUGAACACCUGCAGAGCAGGAGGGGAAGAAGACCUGGAGAGAAAUGACAGCUGUUCAUCACAUCAGCAAUCUGACAGCAGACUGCCUCCUACCAAAGAUUUUAUAGAACAAAACUAA